AUGCCGUCUGCUUUCCCUAUCACCUAUUCAAACCCUGGAACUGCUCAACAGCAGAUUUUUUAUGAAUCGCUUCCUUAUUCUGUAAUGAGGGAAUUAAGGAAAGCCAUUGCUGAUUCUGGUCUGAAAUCCUCUUAUGUGACGGGAAUGCUUGAAGGCAUAGCAACUGGUUACAUUAUGCUACCUCAGGACUGGAAAGACCUGAUGCGCACGCUUUUGUCCCCUGCUCAGUAUGUGGUGUUUGAGAGUGAAUUUAAACAUAGCGCUUCAGCCCUGUCUGAUCCGCAACAUACUGCCAAUGAACUUUAUGGUGCUGGUCAGUUUGCUGAUAUAACUGCCCAAGCAACACUGACACCUGUACAUUUUGUUCGCACCGCGACCUGUGUACAACGCGCCUUCGGAAAGUCCCUGUUUCUGGGCAACCGCUGA